GUGUCGACCGCGACGCAGCCCGCAUGCCAUAUCCGUCGCGCUACGCAUCUGUCAAACUGAUAAAAACAUAACUGAAAAGUGCUUUCAUAUUGUGAUACAUUCCACGGAUGUUUGUGACAUAAAGUUUGCUGUUGAGUGUUAGCUUUACUGUUACACAGACGAAACGUUUAGACUAGUGUACAGUGUGUGUGUCACGUGUGUUUACGAAUGAAUGUGACGGCGUAGGCGCAGCGGCGGGUCGCACUCUCCGUGAGAUAUUCGUGCGCGCGCAGGUCGUCGCGGCCAUGUUGCAUACCUGAGGCGAGCGAGCGCGCAACUCUGCGCGAACGGGACACAGCGUGCGCUCCUGGUGCACCACUUUCCCUGACAAGAAACCACCCCUGCCAUGGUGUUGCCGAUGACAUGACGAGGAUGGGGCGAUGGCACGUGACGCUGAUCACGCUGGCGGUGCUCGUAAGCGCGGGGGCCGCCGCUACCGAACAGAUGCAGUCCCGUGCCGUCGACACCGGCGUCGACCUUCGGGUUCCUGAGGAACAACCUGCCGGUACCAUCGUUGGACGGAUUCCAACUAAACCAGGAUUUACUUAUCGUUUCAAUGAACCACCCAAGGAGUUUGUUCUUGAUCCUGUAACAGGUGAAAUACGAACAAACAUGGUACUUGAUCGAGAAACAUCCGACCGUUACGCGUUUGUAGUGUUAUCAAGUCAACCAACGUAUCCAAUAGAAGUACGAUUACGGGUAACAGAUGUAAAUGACAAUUAUCCGGAGUUUCCCGAGCCAAGUAUAGCAGUAGCUUUUUCUGAGAGUGCUGCCGCCGGGACUAAACUUUUGCUCGAUGCUGCAACUGAUAAGGAUUUAUUAGUUAACGGAAUAACCAAUGACUAUAGAAUAGUAGACGGAGACAAUGAAGGAAAGUUCCGUCUUAAUGUAACUGUAAAUCCUAGUGGCCAGACUUCGUAUUUACAUCUAGAAACCACAGGAAAACUGGAUAGAGAAACAACAGAUUUUUAUAUCCUUAACAUAUCAGCACGUGAUGGAGGAACUCCUCCAAAAUACGGGUAUCUACAAGUCAAUGUGAGCAUUUUAGAUGUAAAUGACAACCCGCCCAUUUUUGAUCAAAGCGAUUUUUCUGUGUCCUUGAACGAAAGCGUACCUCCGGGGACCACAGUUCUAAAAGUAACCGCAACUGAUAGUGAUUUAGGUGAUAAUGGCAAAAUAACUUACGAAGUAACGGAUACAGAAAAACAAUUUGCUGUAGAUCCAGAAUCAGGGGUCAUUACAACAACGAAGAAGUUAAAUUGUCCUAAAUACUGCAGUAAUAUGACUUGCAAUAUGACAUGUGUACUAACUGUUAUAGCAAAAGACCAUGGGGUGCCGAGACAAGAUGCUCGAACUUAUGUUACUGUAAAUUUAAUAGAUGCAAACGAUCACGAUCCUGUUAUCACGUUUACAUACGUUCCUUCGACGGCGAACUUUGCAACUGUUGAUGAAAAUGCUAAAAAUGGUUCCUUAGUAGCUGCAAUUACGGUAACAGACCUUGACGCUGGUUUAAAUGGAAUCACGAGCGUUAGUAUCGUAACUGGAAAUGAGUUAAACCAUUUUCGCUUAGAAAACUCUUCUAGUGUUUAUAUUGUGUACGUCAAUGGCAUCUUGGAUCGCGAAGAAAUAAGUAAAUAUAACUUGACGGUUGUUGCAACUGAUAAAGGAACUCCUGCGCGAACUGCUACUUCCUUUUUAGUCAUUCAUGUAAAUGAUGUCAAUGAUCAUGAACCAGUGUUUGAAAAAUCGGAGUAUUCUGCAAUACUAAGCGAACUUGCGCCCUCUGGAACAUACGUUGCGAGUAUAACUGCAACAGAUGAAGACACAGGUGUAAAUGCUGAAAUUUUCUAUGAUUUUUAUGACGGAAAUCAACAACAGUGGUUUUUCAUAGAUCAUUUAACGGGUUUAGUAACAACAAGAGCAGUGUUAGACCGUGAAAUUCAAGGCACAGUUGAAUUAAAUGUGUCUGCAAGAGAUGGCGGACCUAAUCCAAAAUGGGCUUAUACUAGAUUAAAAAUUACUAUUUUAGACGAAAACGAUGAAGCACCCACUUUUCCACAGAAUACAAUAAACGCUACGCUUCACGAAAAUAUAAAACCUAUAAAAGAAAUACUUAUAUUAACUGCAUCUGAUUACGAUCAAGGUGCAAAUGGAUCUGUUUCUUAUUAUCUGCCUUCGAGUAUAGAAAGGAAGUAUCCAAACACAUUUAUUCUUGACCCAAUCACAGGUCAGUUAAGCACUGUUAUUGAAUUAGAUCGGGAACGAGUUUCAUUGUACGAAAUACAAGUAUUGGCUAAAGAUCAAGGUUUUCCACCACAAUCCUCAACUGCUACAAUAUUUCUGAAAGUGCUAGAUGUGAAUGAUAAUGAUCCUGUAUUCUACCCUCGACGAUACAUAGAAAGCAUCAGCGAUGAUCACCCUAUAGGAACAAAUAUUCUCCAAGUAAAAGCAUUUGAUGAAGAUGAGGGAGAAAAUGCAAGAAUCAUUUAUAAAUUAGAAAGCGGGGGAGAUGGUUAUUUUGAUGUGGAAUCGUGGACAGGAAAUAUUAUCUUACAUAAAGAUCUACGAAAAGCUUCAAACACAUUGUUCACUUUAAAAAUAUCCUGUAAAGAUAAAGGUAAUAGAAAAACAAUGGAAGAUGCUAUAGUUGAGAUAGUUAAAAUGUCGCAGCGGAGGAAUCUUGAAUUUGAUAACUACAAUGGAUACACAUUUAAAAUUAUUGAAGAUGAAGGCAAUUCUAAAAGUCAUAUAGGGCGACCUGUUGGCAAAGUUAGUGCUAGAAUAGCCAGCGAUUCAUUGUCUUACUAUAUUUUAGAAGGAGAUUUAAAGAAUGUUUUUAAAAUCGAUGAACAAACCGGUAUAAUAACUACAAAUUCUAAUAUCGACCGUGAAGAUAAAAUGACAUACCAUUUAAAAAUUAUGGCAAAAAGUGGGAUAACUUUUGGUUUUACUACCGUCAACAUAUCUGUUUUGGAUGUCAAUGACAACUAUCCAAUUUUUAUUGAAGAUAAAGACGAAAUUCAUAUACCUGAAAAUAUGGCUGUUGGACAAGAAGUUUACUUCGCUAGGGCUACUGACAGAGAUUCUGGUUCAAAUAGAACUAUAUUUUAUACGUUGAGCUACAAUCCUGAAAAUAUAUUUCGGAUAUCAGAUACUACCGGCGUAAUUUAUUUAAACAAACCAAUUUCCAAUGAACCUGGUAGCGUGGUCUCAAUGGAAGUCACAGCGACAGAUAACGGCAGUCCUGCUCUUGCUGCAAAGCAUGUAAUUGCUGCAAUAAUAGACGAUGUUAAUGACCACACUCCUGUUUUCGAUCAUACUUCUUAUGAGACUUCUUUAUUAGAGUCUACUCUUGUAAAUACCAGAUUCUUUGCAAUUUCAGCAUCAGAUGCUGAUUUAGAAGCAAGCGGAACAGUAUCUUACACCAUUGCAGAGGGUAACACAGAUGGAAAGUUUGGUGUCUUUCCUGAUGGUUUCCUUUAUGUAAAGAGUCCAUUAGACAGAGAAGAAAGAGAUUAUUAUUCAUUAACGAUUGUAGCAACUGAUCAUGGCAAACCACCAAGGUCUUCCCAAGUACCUGUAGUUAUACAUGUAUUGGAUGAAAAUGACAACAGUCCGCAGUUUACGAAUACAACAUUCAUAUUUAAAAUAAAAGAAAAUGAACCUCCAGAUACUUUUGUUGGAAAACUGGUCGCUACAGACCGGGAUAUUGGACGAAAUGCUGAAUUAACAUUUAGCUUGCCAGCUGCUCAGAAUGACUUUAGAAUAGACUCCAAGAAUGGUUUUAUAAAAACAUUGAAAUCAUUUGACAGAGAAAACCUGGCACACAAUCUAGGCCAAAACUACAUAACAUUAACAGUAACAGUAAGCGAUAAUGGUAAAAUGAAGUUAACUGAUUCAGUAAGAGUCACUAUUUAUGUAACAGAUGUAAACGACAAUGCUCCUGUUUUCAAGAGGCUACCUUAUAAAGUUGAAGUGUCAGAAGGAACUGCCAUUGGAGCGUCUAUUAUGAGAGUAUACUCUACUGAUGCUGAUGAAGGACUGAAUGGAGAUAUUUACUACAAACUCAUAAAAGGCGAUGACUUCGGACAUUUUUCGUUAGAUGAAGCUACAGGUCAACUCAUUAUCGCUAAACCUUUAGAUCGUGAGACAGUAGACCGCUAUCAGCUUACUGUCGUAGCUCACGAUUCUGGGCAAUCAGUGCGUCUAUCGUCAACAGCUACAAUAACAGUUGAUGUUUUAGAUGAAAAUGAUAAUCCUCCAAUAUUCACAAAUACACAAUUAAACGUAUCGGUGUUAGAAACAGAACCCGUAAAUAAAAAGAUUAUUCAGUUUCAUGCAACUGAUGCUGAUUUAGGAAUCAACAGAGAACUACAGUUUUCCAUUACAUCGGGCAACAGAAAGGAAGCCUUUUUUAUUGAUAGUUAUUCUGGGGAACUAUUUUUACAUAAACAACUGGACUACGAAGAUCUAACUACGUACGUUCUAAAUGUUGUUGCAACGGAUAACGGUAGUCCAAGCCUCUCUUCAAGUAUUUCCUUUAUUGUAAAUGUUAUCGAUGCUAAUGACAAUGCUCCCGUUUUCACUAACACUGCUAUUGUGCGCCAAAUUAGAGAAGGCAUUCCUAAGCAUACACCAAUAGUGACCGUAACUGCAGAAGAUCCUGAUUCUGGUUUGAAUGGCAAAGUUUAUUACUCUAUUACGCAUCAAGAGCCGAAUGAUGGCAGGAGACACUUUGCAAUAAACAACGUUACAGGGGUCAUACAUACAUUGCUUCCAAUUGACAGAGAGAGUAUUGACACAUUUAGGAUUACUGUAGUUGCUUAUGAUAGAGCAGAGCCACUGUCGGCUAGAUUGUCUGCCGAAAAAUUAGUUACUGUGAUAGUGGAGGACAUAAAUGAUAAUGCGCCCGUAUUCGUGUCUAUGAACGCUGCAGUAUUUAAUUUCGAGAGAACAGGAAGAAGCACGGGACGUGGAAUAUAUAUCAUGAAUGUUCUAGCUCGCGAUUUGGACUCGGGAACAAAUGGACUGGUCACGUAUAAACUCAUUCAUGGAGGGAACGACCUAUUCGACUUACAUAGGAGUAAUGGAGCGCUAACAUUGCGGUAUCCUCCGGCUAUGCCCGAGGCACGGUGGAACCUCGUCAUAAAGGCUACGGAUGAGGCGGUGCUAAGUGAACAAAGAAGUACAGAGACCUAUCUCACCGUUAUUAUGGGUGGAUCAGAAUUGAUGGGUGUCACGUGGACGAAUGUGGGAAGUGUUUCUGUAGCUGAGAACGCGCCGGCCGGCACUGCUGUGUUAAAUUUGACUAACACUUACAAGUCAGGACUAGAAUAUUACAUAGUGAAUGUGACUGGUGACGGGAAACAGGUAGACAGAUUGUUUGACAUAGAUUCCUCACUGGGGAUCUUGUCCACAGCAGUCUCUUUGGACCGGGAAGCUGGCGUUGAUAAGUACGAAGUAAAGAUUUGCGCAGUUUCCUCUGGAUCACAUCUGCAACUCACAACCACUAAGGUGGAGGUGAUUAUUCUGGACAAGAAUGACAGUCCUCCGGAGUUCAAAAACAUUCCUCAAGCAUACCACGCUUCGGAAGACCUAGCGCCUGGACAGGUUAUUGCCACGGUCAGUGCUGAAGACCCGGAUACUAUCGGCACGAUUACUUAUAGUAUUCAAUCUGAGGAACCUACUCCCUUUUCCCUGGAUUCUCGUACUGGGACUUUGUCUCUCAAAGACCCGUUGGAUAGAGAAACAACUGCUGAGUAUCGGGUGAUCAUUCGAGCUGACGAUGGGAUGCAAUACACUGAUGUGACUGUUGUAGUACAGGUGACCGACACAAACGACAAUCCACCGGUGUUCAAAGAGACUGCGUAUUCUUUUGAUAUACCAGAAAAUGCAGCUAGAGGCUCCGUAGUCGGUGCUGUAUCGGCGAUAGAUUUAGAUUCGGAAACUAAUGCUCAGCUUACGUAUACGGUCAUCUCGGACUGGGCCAACGAUGUGUUCUCACUAAAUCCACAAACAGGGGUGUUUACCCUAACGGCUCGACUGGACUAUGAAGAGACCCAACAUUAUAUUUUGGUGGCUCAAGCGCAAGACAGUGGGCACCCUUCCCUUUCGGGUACAGUGACCGUGUACGUGAACAUCAUCGAUCUCAAUGAUAACGCUCCCGUCUUCGACCCGAUGAGCUUCUCGAACGAAAUCUUAGAAGAUGUAAUCAUCGGAUCGUCUGUUGUUACAAUUAGCGCGACUGAUAUGGAUUCAGGUCUAAACGGCAAGUUACACUACAGCAUCACAUCAGGCGAUGAAAACCAGGACUUUGCUAUUGCUGACAAUGGAACUAUUUACACAGCAAAGCAUUUAGAUAGGGAGACGCUACCAUUGUACAAUUUGAUAGUCACCGCUAGAGACUCCGCUAAACCUCCCGAACCUCAGCUUUCUUCUACAGUGCAGGUCACAAUCCAAUUGAAGGACGUUAAUGAUAUGGCGCCAGAAUUUAUAACACCAAAUAUUACAACUGUGUCAGAAAAUAUACCCUUAAACACUGUAGUAAUGACAAUAAAGGCUGUAGACAAGGAUGAGGGAAGGAACGGUUAUAUUGAAUAUUUCAUGGCACCUGAUCCAGAAGUUAAUGGUUACUUUUCCCUUGGGAAUGUUGACGGCAUAUUGAGAGCAUCUGGGAAACUUGACAGAGAAUUAAAAUCAAGUUACACAAUCAUUGUAACAGCCAAAGAUAGAGGUGACCCACCAAAUGUGACAAAAACAAAAGUAACCAUAAAUAUAUUAGACGAAAAUGAUAACAGUCCAGUAUUUGACCCUAAACAAUACAGUGCUUCAGUUCCUGAAAAUGCUAGUAUUGGUGCUAGUGUCUUGCAAGUUUCAGCUACUGACAUAGAUGAAGGAACAAAUGGCAGAGUUAGAUAUUCUAUAGCUUCUGGAGACGAAAACAGAGAUUUUAGUAUUAGUGAAGAUACUGGCGUCGUUAGAGUGGCUAAAAAUCUUAAUUUUGAAAGAAAAUCUCGCUAUGUAUUAACAAUUAGAGCUGAAGAUUGUGCUAAAGAUGAUGUUAGAUUUGAUACAGCUGAACUAUCUAUUUCAAUUCAAGACAUGAACGAUAACCCACCCACGUUCCUAGAUUCGCCAUAUUUAGCGUACGUAAUGGAAAAUGUAAUCCCUCCUAACGGCGGAUAUAUUAUAACUAUUCACGCCUAUGAUGCUGAUUCACCGCCAUUCAACAAUCAAGUGCGCUAUUUUAUCAAGGAAGGAGACGCAGAUCUUUUCAAAAUAAAUGCGUCCUCGGGGCAGAUUUCCUUAUUAAGAACAUUGGACCGUGAAGCGCAAGAUGAGUAUACUCUGGCACUUGUGGCUAUGGAUACUGGAUCUCCGCCGCUUACAGGAUCUGGUACUGUGAAAAUAGUUGUUCAAGAUGUUAAUGACAACAGUCCCGAGUAUGAGAGGCAGAGCUAUAAAGCCAAUGUUAAAGAAAACUUGCCGCCCGGAACCAUUAUUUUGUACCCGAAAGCAACAGACAAGGACAUAGGGAAUAAUGCGAAAAUCCGAUAUAGCCUUCUUGGCGAUAAAUCUGAAAGAUUUCAAAUAGAUUCUGCUUCUGGAGUGAUUUCAACGAACGCUACAUUAGACAGGGAAGAAUGGAACAUUUACUAUUUGAUAAUCAUGGCUCAAGAUUCGUCAACUACUGACCCAAGAACCGCUACCGCAAAUCUAACGAUUGUUGUAGAAGAUGAGAACGACAAUACACCAAACUUCGCUCAACCGGUUUAUGAAGCUUACAUCUCAGAGCGUACAGUGAUUGGUGAUUUUGUUUUUGGUGCACGAGCCAAGGACAGUGACAUUGGUUUGAACAGUAAAAUCAUCUAUGACUUGAAAGGAGAACAUCAGGAGCUGUUUUCUAUUAAUCGAGAAACAGGAGUAAUAAAAGCAAAAGAAAACCUUAUAAAAUAUAAGCAAAACGGUAGCUCAUCGUUCAACUUAAUUAUAGUAGCAACUGAUUCCGGUCUCUCACCACGACAGAGCACUGCAGAGUUAAUUCUUAUACCAAAAUCCGUAAAAAAUUUCCCUAGAUUUACCGUGACGAACAAAUUGACGUUUACAUUUUCAGAAGAUACACCAGAAGGUGUACUGGUGACAAGAUUAUCAGCUACUUCCCCUAAAAAAGGUCCCACUGGUUUGCUUCAAUAUGCAAUUGCUGGAGGAAAUGUAGGUGACGCAUUGAGAAUAGAAUCAAUGAGUGGUGAAAUUUUCAUCACUGGAAAAGGAUUAGAUUAUGAAACGAUGCCUUUAUAUGAAGUCUGGUUUGAAGUGAGAGAUUCUGACAACCCUCCCUUGAAAUCAUUUAUUGAAAUAGAAAUAAAAGUAACUGAUGCCAAUGAUAACGCUCCCAUUAUAGAAAAUGCGCUUUACAACGCUACUGUACUAGAGGAAGAAUCUCCACCACAAUUGGUCAUAAAAAUAAACGCUCAUGACGAGGAUUCUAAUGAGAAUGGAAGAAUAUCGUACAGACUUGUCAACGAUUAUGAAGAAACCUUUGUGAUUGAUUCUGAAAGUGGAGAAAUUUAUACAAACUUAGCUCUAGACAGGGAAUCAAUACCAUUCUAUGAAAUAUUAGUAGAAGCAUUUGAUCAUGGAGACCCUCAGCUGGUGGGAACAUCAACUGUAAUUGUAACAGUAUUAGAUAAAAAUGACAAUCCUCCAAGAUUUACUCGCCUUUUCAGCGUAAAUGUUACUGAAAACGCUGAAAUUGGUUCUUUCGUUAUUAAAGUGACAAGUUCUGAUCUCGAUACAGGACCUAAUGCUAAUGCCACUUAUAGUUUUGUAGAGAACCCUGGAGAAAAAUUUGUGAUCGACCCUGUCAGUGGUAACGUUACCGUAGCAAGACCAUUGGAUAGAGAGUUACAAGACGAAUAUAUACUCAAAGUGGCAGCGAUAGACGGCGCUUGGCGAUCUGAAACACCCUUGACAAUUACUAUACAAGAUCAAAAUGAUAAUGCCCCCGAAUUUGAAUAUUCAUACUAUAGCUUCAAUUUCCCAGAACUGCAAAAGAAAAAUAGUUUCGUUGGCCAAGUUAUUGCCACAGAUAGAGAUAAGCAAGGGCCUAAUUCAAUAAUUUCAUACUCUUUACAACAAUCUUCAGAUUUGUUUUCGGCCGAUCCUGCUACUGGAGAAAUUCUUAGCAAAUUCAUGAUGAAGUAUAAAAGAACUUCGGUCAAUUCAUCGCCAGAAAAUACGUAUUCUGUGAUCGUAGUGGCUACUGACAAUGGUAAACCUCCUAUGUCAUCGGAAUGUUUAGUAACCAUAAAUGUUGUUGAUGCAAAUAAUAAUGCUCCUAAAUUCAAAGAGCAUGAAAAGUUUGUGCCUGUUCCGAAAGAUGCAACUCUCGGAGAAAGGAUUAUAAAAUUGAUCGCUGAAGACAAUUUAGAUUAUGGAAUUAAUGCUGAAAUUGAAUAUUAUGUGUCUGGUGGAAAUGGUACAGCCUAUUUUUCAGUUGAUAAACGUAGUGGUUGGGUGGUUGUCACUAAACAAUUCUAUUAUAUCGGACAGUAUUAUGGAUUGAAAAUCAAAGCAGUAGACCGAGGAGUUCCUCCACAAUCAGACGAAACUACUCUGACAUUUGUUGUAACGGGUGAAAAUAUGUACAGUCCCAAGUUUACAGCUCUCAGUUAUCAAGUAAUUGUUCCAGAAAAUGAACCGAUUGGAUUACCCAUAUUGACUGUUAAAGCAAGUGACGAAGAUUUAGGCCCAAACGGAAUAGUACGCUACUCUAUUUCAUCUGGAAACAUUGGCAAGGAAUUUCAAAUUCAUCCAGUCUCUGGUACGAUUGGUAUCCUGCGUGCACUAGACUACGAUACUAUUCAAGAAUAUCGUCUCAACAUAACUGCCAAAGAUCUAGGAUUCAAAUCAAAAGAAACAACUGCAACUUUAACAAUUAUUCUAACAGACAUAAAUGAUAAUGCGCCAAAGUUCAACCAGACAAAAUAUACUGCAUAUUUACCUGAAAAUUCUCCCAUUCACAGUUUUAUUUACCGAGUUAGAGCUGUAGAUAUUGAUUCGCCUAAAAAUGCAAUAAUAAGAUAUUACAUUAAAAGUAAGGAAAUGUUAUCGCUAUUUCGUAUAGAUGCUGUAACUGGUGAAAUAUUCUCUAAAGAAGUUUUUGAUUUUGAAGAAAAAUCUACAUACAAAUUAGAGAUUUUAGCAGAAAAUCCUGGUUCUACAAUGAGAAAUACUACUUAUGUAAUUGUGCAUAUAACAGGAAUGAACGAAUAUUACCCAAAGUUCAUACAACCAGUAUUCCAUUUUGAUGUAUCGGAAUCGGCUGAAGUUGGAACCAAUGUUGGAGUUAUACAAGCUACUGACCAAGAUAGUGGCGACGACGGAAUAAUUUACUACUUAUUCGUUGGUUCCAGUAACGAUAAAGGCUUUAGUAUUAAUUCUCAAACUGGCGUAAUCAGAGUUGCACGCUAUUUGGAUAGAGAAACACAAAAUAGGGUGGUUUUGACAGUUCUUGCAAAAAAUUCUGGAGGAAUUCGUGGCAAUGAUACUGAUGAAGCACAGGUCAUAAUUUCUAUUCAAGAUGGAAAUGAUCCACCUGAAUUCAUUCGCCAUUAUUAUGAAGCCACUGUUUCUGAAGGUGCGCCCGUUGGACAGCAUGUUAUUCAAGUGAAAGCCAUAGAUAAAGAUGUGCGACCACAAAAUAACCAAUUUAGUUAUUCGAUUAUUGGGCCUAACAACAACCAAGACUUCAAAAUAGAUCCUCAAAGCGGCGUAAUUGAAGUAACACGUCAACUCGAUAGAGAAACUAUGGCUACAUAUUCUUUGAUUGUUGGUGCUAUUGAUACUGGUAUCCCGCCGCAAACAGGAACAGCUACAGUUAAAAUUUCUUUAACAGAUGUAAACGACAAUGGACCUGUAUUUGAUGUUGCCAAUUUUGAUGGAGCUGUUUAUGAAAAUGAACCUCCUAACACUAGUAUAACCACACUUACAGCAAAAGAUCCAGAUCUCCCACCAAACGGUGCACCGUUUUCGUACACAAUAAUUGGAGGUAAGCACCAAAAUACUGUGAAAGUACAUAAACAUACUGGAGUUAUGACAACGACGAAGAAAAUAGACAGAGAAUUAACUCCCAAUUUAGAAGUUGUUAUACAAAUCGAGGAUAGUGGUGUACCCGUCAUGAAAUCUAACUACACUAUACUGAUAAAAGUCUUGGAUAAGAACGACAAUCCACCUACUUCUCGUUCUGCACACGUACUUGUUUAUGCAUUCAACAACAAAAUACCUAUUGGAAGAAUAGCAGACGUAAAACCUAACGAUCCAGACACAACCGGUGACUACAAAUGUAAAAUCAUAAAAGAGUCUACAUCUGAAAAUACACUAUCCAUGUUGAGUAUCAAAAAGGGUUGCGACCUCUACACGAAUGCUGUUCGUCCUGGGCAAGGAUUCUCAUUUUCUGUAUCUGGUAAUGAUGGAGUUCAUAGGGAUGUAGUGUCUUCAAUAAGUGUAGAAUAUUUCAAUUUUGAUAAUACUACGGUAGAGCAAUCAGUUACCAUGAGAAUAGAGAACAUGAGUGCAUCUGCUUUCCUGGCUCAUCAUUACCGUAGUUUACUUGAAACUUUGGCAACCGGACUUGGAAAUGGAGAAAGCAUAAACUUAUACAGCAUUAAUGAGGAUGACAAUAGGUUAUAUUUGACAAUUGCCAUUAAAUCUGAACAUUCCGUCUGGAAAAGAGAAAAAACUGAAAAACACUUAAAAAGCAAAGAUUUAGAAGUGUCAAAGUUACUAAAAACUCAAAUCGUUGUUCCGUAUUAUCCCUGCGCUCACCAUCAAUGUGAAAAUAAUGGUCACUGCACAGACUCCUUAAGGGUAUUGGACGAUACCAAAAUAACAGAAAGUUCUGCUUUGAUUCUUUCAUCACCUCUAGUUAAGCAUGACUUCUUAUGUCAGUGUGCAGAUGGAUUUAUGGGAAAUAAAUGUGAAAGACGUCAAGACCCAUGUUCGCCAAAUCCUUGUCGGUUUGGUGGCCAAUGUAGAAAACAAGGACACGACUUCGUUUGCAUCUGUUCUGUCCGUCGCGAAGGCAAAACAUGUGAACUUGAGAGGGAUGACGUAUGUAGUAGCAAUCCAUGCAAAAAUGGCGGAUCCUGUAAAGAAAGUUCAGACAGAAAUUCAUUCUUUUGCCUAUGUCGCCCUGGUUAUCGCGGAAAUCAAUGUGAAGCCCUUGUUGAUUCUUGUCGGCCCAAUCCAUGUAUGCAUGGAGGCAUUUGCAUAAGCUUAAAACCAGGAUAUAAAUGCAGCUGCACCAAUGGUCGCUAUGGUAUACACUGCGAAAGCUCAACGUUCGGAUUCAAUGAACUAUCUUUUUUGCAAUUUCCACCUCUCGACCCUUCAACCAAUGAUAUCACGAUAAUAUUUGCUACAACUAAACCAGACGCACUGUUACUUUACAAUUUUGGCGCUCAGACUGGCGGUAGAUCAGAUUUUAUUGCUAUAGAACUACUUGGAGGAAAGCCCGUAUUCUCUUUUGGAGGAGCAAGAACAUCAAUUACGUCUAUCGCUAUUACAGAUAAUAGCAAAAACCUAGCAGAUGGAAACUGGUACAAACUGACAGCUACUAGAAAUGGCAGAGUUAUUUCUUUGAGCAUAACAUCUUGCACAGAUCGCGGGGACGUCUGCACUGAAUGUGAACCUGGAGAUAGUUCUUGCUACAAUGACGGUACUGGACAGGCCGGAACCCUGAACUUUAACAACGAACCACUACUCAUUGGCGGACUUCACAAAGCAGAUCCAGUUUUGGAGCGCCCAGGACAAAUUCAUUCGGAUGAUUUCGUCGGCUGUAUGCAUAGUAUUACGAUCAACGGUCGAUUAUUAAAUCUUACUACUCCUAUACGGGCACGUGGUGUGGAUCCUAACUGUGACCGAUCUGAAAAAGGAGCUUGCUACAAAAAAGACACUUGUGGUGCUGGUGAAUGCCUUGACCGAUGGAAGUCAAAUUUCUGUAAAUGUGAUGAAAAUUUAAUAUCACCUGACUGUAGUGCUUCUCUGCUAGCAAUUUCAGUGAGUGAAAAUGCUUUCGUUUUUUACACAAUAUCAGAAAAACAUAGAAGAAUGCAGCUAUUAGAGAGCUUUUACGGCGGUAACACAGGCUGGGAAAAGAAAACGAAUAAACUUGCUAUAAAAACUGUCUCAAAAUCGAAUGGCCCUGCAAAAACUUUAUCUUUUUCAUUCAGAACUCGCAGAAAAGAUGGACUUGUAUUCUAUGCUGCUACUGAUAAAUAUUAUACACUAAUCGAAUUACAGGGUGGUAAAGUUAGCUAUACAUCUAAACAGAACUCCAUCGUAAAUAUGACGCAAACUGAACAAGAUGAUGUAUCCGAUGGAAAUUGGCAUAAAGUUACACUAUUCUCAUUAGGCAGAAGCAUAAGAUUAAUGGUAGAUAAUAAAAAUGUUGGCGAAGAACUUGAUACAGCAGGUGUGCAUGACUUUCUGGAUCCAUAUCUCACAACCAUAGCAUUCGGAGGUGUUAAAUCAGAAUGGCUACCAGGAUCCAGUCAUAACAAAUUUGAAGGUUGUUUGGCUAACUUUUCGAUUAAUAGUGAAGUGCAGCCUUUUAGUGGCAAUGGAAGUAUAUUCAGAGAAGCAACGCGUAUAGGAAAAAUUAUAUCAGGUUGCCAUAAUGCUUUUGGAGUUGGUAUGGCUCAAAAUCCAGAUCCAUUGAGCAUCGGUAUUACCCUUGUGAUUGUGUUCUUUAUAAUACUUAUAGUAGCCAUUUUAGUCUCCUUCGUAGUUUUCCGAUUACGUAAGCAAAAGAAGGAAAAAGGUAAUGGCUCCACCAAUAAAACAGGAAUAAUGCCUUCAAAGCAAAAUGGUGGCCCUGCGAUGCUUAACGCCCCUAAUUUGAUUGCUGGAACCAACGACACUUUAAUAGGCAGGAGUCUCCAUAGCAACGAAACUAAUCUCAACAGCUACAUGUCAGAUAAUGCUGAUAUCAUGCGAAAUGUUGGUCAUAUUGUUGGCCCCGAACUUUUGUCUAAGAAAUACAAAGACAGAGAAAUUAUGAAUAUAGAUCCACCGAGGCCGCAACGACCUGAUAUAAUAGAACGCGAAGUGGUAGGCAAAAGUCCAGCCCUUAGAGAAGAUCAUCAUCCGCCACCACCACCAUCUACAAAUACAUCACACCAUACUCAUGACCAUCCGAGCGGCAUGGACUUAAACUCUGAAGUACCUGAGCAUUACGAUCUUGAGAACGCUAGUUCUAUAGCACCUUCCGAUAUUGAUAUAGUUUAUCAUUACAAAGGUUUUCGUGAGGCUGGUGGAGUAAGAAAGUAUAAAGCAACGCCACCACCAAUAGCAGGAUAUCAUCAUAAACACCAAACUCCUCCACAUAGACAUUCACCACAUCAUCCAAGUGGAUACCCACCAAGAGUACUUCCGCAAGCUUCACAACCUCCUCCGCAACCAAGACAACAUCAAACGACACCACUUGCAAGAUUGUCGCCCAGCAGUGAAUUAAGUCAACAACCGAGGAUAUUGACACUUCAUGAUAUUUCCGGCAAACCGUUACAAAGUGCCUUAUUAGCUACAACAUCAAGUUCAGGGGGUGUUGGAAAAGACGCCCUACACAGUAAUAGUGAGCGUAGUUUAAAUAGUCCUGUAAUGUCACAACUAAGCGGACAGAGUUCAUCCGCCGGAAGGAAGACACCGAGUGCACCACCGCAGGUACCUCAAGUAGUUUCUGUGGGCACAGGCGCUGUAGGUUUAACAGCAGAAGAAAUAGAAAGAAUGAAUGCUAGACAGAGAACAUCUAGUUUAGUAUCAACUUUAGAUGCGGUAUCCAGUUCGAGUGAAGCACCACGCGGUGUUGGCGUUGGUCAUCAUAUGUCUCACAGACAUCAUUCGCCACCGGUAGAUCACAGAAGCUCUUCUGGGUCCGAUGAUGAGAGUGGAAAUGACAGUUUUACUUGUUCAGAAAUAGAAUAUGACAACAAUAGCAUAAGUGCGGAUAAACCAGAAGACGUAAGAAGACAAAACGUCAGUAGUGGUAGUAACACGAAAAAGCCAAUAUUGCCUCCACCCUAUGAAAGUUUUGAUUCAUCUUUCCGAGGGUCGUUGAGCACUCUCGUUGCAUCGGACGAUGACUUGGCACCGCACGUGGGUUCAGCUCUCUACAGACAGGCUAAUGGUUCUCCGGCACCAGCCACACUCGGUUGGGACUAUUUAUUGAAUUGGGGUCCAAACUUUGAAAGUAUGAUUGGUGUUUUCAAAGACAUUGCAGAAUUACCUGAUUCUGUUAAUGGCAGAAUGUCUUCCUCGUUGCGGCUUCCGAAUGGCACCCCAAAGCCGUCGGAAGAAUACGUGUAAUGUGAAGAACUGAACAAAAUUGUAAAUAGAUAUAUUGUAAGAUUUUGUACAAAUGUAUUAUUGUGAUCUUGUAUCAAGGUCCUUCUAGAUCCUAUCCUCUUGCCAUAAUAUGUCGUUAAAUCUAUUAAACUUUUCUUGCGAAUAUUAUAAAUUAACUUUCAUGAACCUCAUGUACAUAAAGUAAGUGAACGUUGUAAAUAAUUUAUGUUAGAGAAUUUACAGAAACUAAUUUUAUUGAGUUUAUUGUAUUGUGGUCACGAAAUUGUCACUGAAGUGCAGGUAUUCAUAAUUCGUCUAUUGUAUGUCAAAAUCAUUAUGUAACUAAGUCUGGAAGAGCUCAUUAGCAAAUA